AUGACCGACGACUCGGAGGCGGCGGUGACUGUCCGCCGCGUAGUGUCGCCGAGCCAUGCGGAACGGGCACAGAUCAAACGCGUGCUCGCGGACGCGUACGGCGGGUCAUUCGGGCACAUGAAGAUCCUAGACCAUAACCCCGCUGCGAAUGCCCAGCUUGUCAGCUCGAUGGUGGACCACGCGCUCCGGCGGCACGAGGUCGUCGUUGCCGAAGUUGGGGGGCGGGUCGCUGGCGCUGCGUUAGACGACGACGAAGACGUCUUCUACCCCUCCCUCCAGCACCUCCCAGCGCGCAUGGCCGAGUUUCUAUCCGAGCACGUCUUCCUCACACAGCGAUACAUUGUCGACGCGACACUCCCGCACGCAGAAACAGAGUGGUGGUACCUCGCGUGGCUGGGGGUCACGCCGCGGUUCCAGCGGCGCGGGGUCGCGAGCGCGCUGCUGAGAGCCAAGAUGGCCGAGGCGGGCGGGGUGCCCAUUGGGCUGAGGACGGACGUGGACGAUAAUAUACCCCUCUACGAGCACUUUGGAUUCGCCGUCCGACUCGAACACACCUUCCGCCUGCCGUGGGGCGCGACCUGGCACGAGCGUUUCCUGUCGUACCCUGCCGACGCGAGCACGGCCGUCAUGCGCGAGCUGGCGGCCGAGGCAGACGCGUGCGGGUGCUCGAAGCGGGCCUGA